AUGUCACAAAUUGAACCCCCUUCAAUGAUCUUCUUCGAUGUCCUAGGCACAAUCGUCGAAUGGAGAUUCUGUAUCGCGAAAGAACUCAAUGCCACAGCUCAGAGAGCUCUCCAAGACCAAGCUCGAGAUCUGAGCGCCGAUCUGCGAGCUCGUGUCUCUGCCAUCUCCACCUCGGAAUGGCAAGAGAUAUCGGAAGAAUGGCACAGCUCAUACAUGGAUUUCGGAGACAACUACGACUCAUCUAGGCCUUUCAUCUCGGUAGAUGAGCAUAACCGCAUUUCCCUAGAAAAUAUUCUUACCAAACGACUGAUCCGAGAUUUAUUCAACGAUGAUGAUCUCCAGCAUCUAACUCUCGCAUGGCAUCGACUUGACUCAUACCCCGACAGUGUACCAGGCAUUGCGCUGCUAAACACUAAAUUCCAGACAUCAACUUUAUCCAAUGGCAAUAUAAAACUUCUCGAAGAGCUACAGGAACACAAUUCUCUGCCUUUCAAGCAUAUUACUAGUGCAGAGCAUUUUGGUGCUUAUAAGCCGUCACCAGAGGCUUAUAAUGGUGCUGCUCGCAGAUUCGGUCUUAAAAAUUCAGAAUGUUGUCUCGUUGCAGCGCAUCUUGAGGACGCGCAAGCUGCGAAGAAUUGUGGGUUCCAAACGAUUUAUCUUGAGAGACAGUUGGAAGAAGCGUGGGUUAGUGAAGAAGUUGCAAGGGCUAGAGAAGAGGGAGUCGUCGAUCAUUGGGUUGAAGUUGGAGGUUCAGGAUUGAUCGAGGUUGCCCGACAUUUUGGAAUAGAAUAG